UGGAGAGAAGGCAGGGAUGGGAUACUGAGUUGGAUGAUCAGCCAUGAUCAUAUUGAAUGGCGGUGCAGGCUCGAAGGGCCAAAUGGCCUACUCAUGCACCUAUUUUCUAUGUUUCAAAUGAUGCUGAAUCCUUCUCGUCAGAUACUAGUACCGAUGCUAGCAUGUGGGGCCGAAUGGCAGGAUCUUCUGCCGUUUAAUAUAACCAUUUUUGUGUAGUCAGCGCGAAUGGUAAUAAACCAGAGAUUCAGGGUUUAUAGGUGGACAAAAAUGCUGGAGAAACUCAGCGGGUGCAGCAGCAUCUAUGGAGCGAAGGAAAUAGGCGACGUUUCGGGCCGAAACCCUUCUUCAGGGUUGAUACAUUUGUGUGUGUGUGAGUGCGCGGGCGCUGGUGAAAAUGUCCUUUAAAAUCAAUUAGAGUGUUUCUGUUCCACCUCCUCGCCAAUGCGCUGGGCCAAGUUGAAUUAGCAUGCUGUAUCGCUAAUGAAAGACUCUUCAUUUUUGACAGGCCCGGUGGUAGGGGCGGGACAGGCUGACGCUGUAAACAAAAGCAUGUUUCCAUAUCAGUCGCGUUGGAGAGGUCGGUCGGGCGAUAAAAACGGACUAAGAAUAGAGGGUUGAGAGCAUGCAAGGGCUGACGACGUAAUCCUGCUGCAGUUGCUUUUAUUUUUAAGGGAGAGACCCAAAAUUAAAUUUAAUAAAAGCCCUUGUACUUCGCUUGGAAGCCGAGAUGAAAAACAGGGCUUCUGAGGGGAUUAGGAAGGGGAUCAGAGGUCCCAGCUUCACGGGAGACAAGAAGACAAAGGUCGCAGCCAAGAAUCAGAAGACCUGGGUGAGACUUGCCACAGUCUUCGCUUAUAUCCUCUGCGUGUCAAUGACCGCCGUGAUACUGGUGAUUUAUUACACUCUGAUCUGGGAGCCGGUCCAAUCGAUACCGGGACCCUCCAACAGCAACCAGACUGCGGCUCACACAGUUGCAACCGGCAACUUCAGCGCCGGCCUCAGACGGGGAAGCAGUCUGAGGGAUUUCAACAACCUCCGACGGCAGAGGAGCCAUUUGCGAAGCAGAAGCAGCAGGGCUGACAAUCGAAUCGACCCGGAGGCUUGGAGGGGAAGCAGCAGGGAGGGUGACAACCCGGGCUUCGUGGCCACGGGCAGCAGCAAGCUCAGAGCCAGUGAAGGAGUCAGCGCCCGCAACACUUGGACCGCAAGCAGCGGGGUCCAGGCUAAGGCCACAACGGGGCGGCUAUUCGGAGCCACGGACAGCGGUAAGCUCACAGCGGCAGCCGAGGGAAGGGUGAGACCAGACGGCAAACAUUUCAGCACCGUGGGCAGCGACAAGCCCAGGGCAGCCACCGCUCAGAGAGCGAGUCAAACCAGGGAAUAUUUCAGCACCUUGGACAGCGGCAGUCGUGGAACGCUGGAGGGGAGGCGUGAGAUCAGCACCUUGGACAGCCGCUCACCCCCCAGUCCCACACCCCCGUUGUCCCAGGCGUUGGGCCAGAAUCAAGGAACAUUCGCCGGGUCUACUGACUCUAAUGUUGGGCACACGGACCACCCAGCAAGCACUGAGGUGGUCUCUAAACGGUGGACCAUCUCGCCCGUCAGUGGAGGAGAAUUGCUUCAUGAGGAUGGGACACUGGCGCUGAAGGGCGCCAGUAUUAAAACCGCUCAACCCGGUAAGUUGCAGGCGAUGGGAAAUGACAGGACACCGACAAGGGAAGCAGGACGCAGCUUCUCUACGAAGACCCGUAAGAGAGAUGCGGAGGUCAGAUCAACAGAUAAUCGUGGCAAUUCGCCGCAGCCUGAAGCAAGCGAAAUUAAAAUGGAUGAAAAUGAUGAUGUGAUAUCUCUCGGCAGAUACAACCUAACUACUGCCAACCCUACAGAAGACCCAGGGCUGUUUCACCUUCUCUCUGCACCCGCAACACUUGGACCGCAAUGCAGGCGGGGUCCAGGCUAA